AUGGGGCAGAGGCAGGCCGCUCCUCCGACUCCAAGUCCGGAGCUUGCAGGCCAAGAACAGCAGGAGUGGUGGCCUGGUCAUGGUCGAGGACGAGGAGGCUGGAACAGUGGAAAAGGAGGUGGAAGAUGGGCUGGAGGCGGAGGCGGAGGUAGAGGACGGAUGUGGCAGGGGAAGAGCCUCGUUGCAAAGGUCAGAAAGGAUGUGAAGCUGCCCGAGGGUCAACCAGACUUGGGGUUUCAAUGGAGGCAUGUCGGAGACGGCAACGCCCCCCGCCUCACAUCUGUGGCCCGGUCCUCCUUCGUCGGAUCGGUGGCCAAGGUUGGUGACUGCUUGCUGCGUGUCAACGGCCUGGACAUGGCGAUGAUGACCGAGAAGCAAAUCACGGAUCUCCUGAAACAGCGACCGCUGGAGUUGCGCUUCGGAGACGAGUAG